UCGUGCCCGCUAGGCCCGGAAGUGCGCGGUGGGAGGUUGGCCGUGAGGGGCGGGGGAGGCGGAGGCGGCAGCGCGGCUCGGUUGCGGGCAGCGGCCAUGAGCAAAAGGAACCAGGUCUCCUACGUGCGGCCGGCCGAGCCCGCCUUCCUCAGCCGCUUCAAGCGGCAGGUCGGGUAUCGGGAGGGGCCCACGGUGGAAACCAAGAGAGAGCAGCUUCCACUUGCAGAUGGUGAUAGUGAGAAUGGCAGUGACAAGGAAGAUGAGCAGCCUCAAGUGGUAACACUGAAAAAAGGGGACUUGACUGCCGAAGAAGCAAUGAAAAUUAAACAGCAAAUCAAAGAGGCUUUAAAGUCAAAUGAAUCAGAUGGUGAACCAGAACCUGCUGAUGGAAAAAUUAUGUUCAGGAAACCAGCCAAACGUUCAUCAGAGAAGUGUUUGGACUUCAAUGUAAGUUCAAGUAAGAAGAUGAAAGAGGCAAAGAAAACUAAGAGAGAAGCAACUACUCCUCAGAGUACAGCUAAGCAAAUAAAAAAUAGCAGCCUUCUCUCAUUUGAUGAUGAGGAAAAUGAUGAUUAGGAGUUGUAUUUUUUUUAUAUUUUACUUACUUUUCUAAGGAUCUGCGUAAGAUUGAGUGUUUUCCUAGAAAUUGAAGCAUGGUGUCUGAGUCUUCUCUUACUUUGUUAUAGUCCAACUAGAGAAACAUAGUAUAAAACUAGCAAGAGCUAAGUCUUUGCACUUCAGGUGGAACUGUAUGAACAGUAUGUCACGUCUUUAUUUUAAAAGAGAAUUUAACCAUGUAUGUAAAAGCUAUUUGAGGUCACAAAUGAGUAGCAAAAUAUACCUGUACAUAUCCAGUUUAUGUAAAUUUUCAAUGAAUACAUUUUAAAAUGUCCUCCAUUACUAAAAAUGGAUUUCCUCUGCAGUUACUGGCCUUACUUGACAGUUGUGUGGUUUUUUACCUUUUAUUGUUGACUUGACAUUCAAAAGAGAGACUUCAUUGCUGUGGAACAGAGACUGAAGUUUUCUGUCUCAUAGCUUAACAGAAGUUUGCACAAACUUUUGCAUGUGUGGUUUGGCAGACGGGCUCUUUGCAGAUCCCUUGCAGUAAGUGAGCCGGCAGUUGCUAAAGUCAUGUAGUCUUAAUCCUUUGGUCAAUGCAGUCUAAGAAGCAUCAAAUUAAUUUGCAUUGAUUGUGCUAGCAAGAUAUAAAUUUUUUUAUUGUCGUUGAUGGUAUCAACUAAUGCAAAAGAAAGAUGCCUAAACCCUUGGAGAUUGUGCACUUUGGCCAUCACACCGAUGGUUUGGUGGUGGGGUUUUUUUGAAGUAUAUUUGUUCCAGUUAACUACAUAUGUUUUCAUAAUUAUUUGUGAUCUCAAACAGCUUAUUUUAAAAAAUGUAUUUAAUCUUUAAGGUGUGGAAAAGCAUUGUUUUGGUUGUCUUGGAGUAGGAAAUGGUAAACAGGAAAUGUAAGUCAAGAAAUGUUAUAGCUGUGCUACAGUUUUCAAAUGUUUCAGUUGCCCUUGUACACUACACUGAAAGUGACCAUUUCUGUACCAUUUAUGUAACAGGAUGUCUUGAAAUUCAAAAUAACACUGAGAGCUGAUGGAAUUAGGGAGAACAAGGUGGUGGAAAUGGGACUAGUGAGUUUGAAAUUAUUUGGAAGUAUGGUGUGUUCUGUAACCGUAUUUAAGCAAGACCUGUGACGGCUGCAGAAUUACAGGGUACAAGGCAAUGAAACCAGUUCUUCUGCUGCGUGACAGGACAUUCAAAAUUAUUUGGGCUGUAAAGCUUCAUUGAGGAGCAAAUUUGAAGUUGCUGUGUGAAACAGCUUGUUUCGGUUUGUUAAUCUGGUAUUAAACAAUAAAUUAUGUUUUUGAUAAGUGGUCCAAAGAUACCUUAAUGAAAAUUUCAGUGCAUAAAAUGGGAUUUUUUUGUCACCUGAUAAUGAAGCCUCUUAUGACUGCUACCUGCUUCCGUACAUACCAACUCCCUGCAGCAUAAGAUCAGAUGCAAGUCUGCAUACUAUUUCACACUAAUUGUGUGAGUGCGUGUUACCCUGAUUUUGAAAACGAAUAGAUGUGUUGUCCUUUCAGAAAAUUAAAACCAGACCUGUAAAUGGAUAUUAAAGUCUUUUUGUAGCACUGGUCUGAUAUUAGAAGUGCCAGAGAGGUGCAGUGUGAUGACCUGAUUAUUCCCAUGAGGACACGUUACAUUUGUAAAUACAUGAUUUGUCUGUAUUGUGCAUAUAUAAAAAAAGAAAAUCAAACACAGGAAGAAGAAAUACAGAAUCAAAGGUUCCCAGGGAUUAAUCUUUCCAUUUAUUUUGUAUACUUAAAACUUGUUUGAAUCCAUUAAAAAGCUAUAUAUACACACCCAUGAGAAAUAUUGUAGCAUUACAGUAUACUGAAGAAAUAUUUGGGCAUAUUUCAACAGCUGAGUAAAUACUCUUGACUUGCUGAGACUCAUCUGAAAGAAUGAAUUACCCAUUGACUGCUUACUUAAACUUUUCUGGUUCUGUUCGUCAGCACAGAAAUGUACUUGCUUACAUUUUUCUUGCAAAGCCUGAAAGCUCUUCACUUUAGAUGUGAGGCAGUUUAGGAGACGUGGCUAUCAAGACAUAAAUGCUUGCCAAGGAUCAGAGGGAAUUUGGAUUUACCUUAAAAUUAGAGAGGGCCUCCCAAAUAUGCAGCUGAUUUGGCAUGUUCAAAAUAAGAUUGAGGUCUUGUUUGAAUCUGGUUAGUAAUUGCAUUUAAAGAAAAAUUACUAUUUCUAGUGAAAGACUUGUGAGACUGAAGUCCGGUAAAAAGAGGGUUACCUCAAAAUACUGGGUGCAGUAUUUUUGCUUAAUCAUGUUCCUUGCCCUACAACUUCAUGACAGAUGUCUGGAAUGCAAAUAAAUUAAUUGGGUUUACUUGGAAAUAAUACAAUGAAAGGCAUGUUGUUCUUCAGGCAACACAGCAGGGGAAAGAAAGGUGGAUACAGAAACCCAGUUUCUUUCCUUUAUUCUGACUGUGAUUUGUAGUGCUCUGACCAGGAGGAGACCUUUGUAUUCAUUGUAUUUCACUCCCAGUUCACCUAACAAUAGCUAAUUGGAUAUAUUUAUUAAGAGGUGUGAGUGAUGCGCAAAAGCAUUUUAGUCAAGUAGUCAUGUCAAAAAUUCAGUGUUCUUAAUGUGACACACCAGGAAAAUUACACACGCCAUCAACUCUCCAUAAAACCUGUGACUAAAGAGAACGAUUACUUGUUCAUUUAGGAAAGAGAUGUGAAACUGUCUUAAGCAAUCACCUGCCUUAAGCAACGGGUCAUGGAAAAAUAAUACUCGCAAGAACUUUCUAAUAAAGGGGAAGCCAAAGUGAGCACAUGGAACAUGCGGCUAGGACUGGAAUGGACAAUUUUCCUGGCUUUUCCUAUCUUUCUUCCCUACCCCCAUCCCCAGUCCUUUUCCCCUCCUUAGUGGGGAAUGUAUAUGUAUUUUUUUUCUUGUGGAGUUGCUCAGCUAAGCGCGAGAGAAGUGCUGUGGAGGAGCAAGGUGAAAGUAGCUGUGGCCUGUUACCUAAUAUGGGAAUCUUGUACAGUUUUUAUUAAUAAAAAUCUUUGAAAUUUUCCAGUUCA